CCUCUUCUUCGUCUUCUUAUUCCUUACACUUCUUCUGUUCAAGAUCCCUUCUCCAUUCUUUUUCUCAAUUCAUUUGUUUCAAUGGAUUCUCCUAAAGCAAUUGAAUCUAAACAGAGGAGAAGCAACUCUUGUUUGUGUCUUGCGCUUGUUGGAUUACUUCUUUCUGUCCUUUUUCUCCUUUUGAUUUUAAGCUUUACUGCAUUCAAACCCAAAGAUCCUAUCUUUUCGAUUAACUGGGUCAGUGUGGAGGGUGUCAGUGUCUCAAUAGACAAUCCAAUGAAACCUUCUCUGAAUUUAACUCUUCUCAUGGAUGUUUCAGUUCAGAACCCCAACAAGGUUAGGUUCAAGUAUGGUGAUAGUUCAGCUUGGUUAUAUUACAGAGGUCAAGUUGUAGGGGAAGUCCCGAUCGCAGCCGGGGACAUAUCUGCCGGAGGGACAGUUGAGAUGAUAAUGCCGCUUACACUAAUGGCUGAUCAGCUUCUCUCUAAUCCUAAUCUUUAUUCUGAUCUGAUCUCUGGUACAAUUUCAUUUUCUACUUAUACAAAACUUGAUGGCAAGGUAUACAUUCUAGAUCUCUUUAAGCAUCAUUUAGUGGCUUAUGCCUCUUGUAUUGUGGUUGUGAAUGUCCAUAACGCAACGGUGAUCGAUUCGGAGUGCAGGUACACAAAUGAGUUGUGAAUAUGUACAUGAGUUUCAAAAUGGUUAUAUUAUACAAUUUGGGUUUUGAUAAAACAAAUUAAUUCUAACUGGUUCGAC